AUGGCCCGAACACCAAAGGCACAAAACUUCACGAAGAAGACCCGCGCGCCGUCGCGGAAGACCUCGAACGCACUCGGGUACGCGAAACGCCAGGCGCAGAAGGACAAGAGGCCAUCCAGAGGGGACGUCGAGGACGUGUACGAGUACCAACAGGAGAAGGUCCGGAGGUCGAAGGUCAAGCUCCAGUACGAGCGCGAGGAGCUGAUAGGUGCGCACGGAGAUGGUAGCGAUGAGGAGGAUGAGGAUGGUGCUGCGGGUCAUAGGCGGAAGGGGACGCAGCCCAGACUUAUUGGGGAGGGGGAUGAGGAUGAGCGGAUUGCUGAGGAUGAGGACGAGGACAUUGAUAGUGAUGCGGCCUUUGAUGAGAGCGAUGAAGAGAGAUUUGCCGGGUUUGGCUUCUCACAGAAGAAAGGGUCUAAGACACAACCCAAGAAGAAGCGCAAUGCCCCUAGACCCUCUCGCGCUGUCCGUCUCGCAGAAGUAGACCUAAACGAAGAUGAAGCAAGCGGCUCGCAGUCGGAGGACGAGGGAAGUGAGGCCUCUGACAAUGGCGGAGACGAUGAGGGAGAAAGCGAGGAGGAAGAGGAGGAAGGCGAUCCUGACGAGUUCAUUGACGUCCUGGAUGUCCUUGACGGCAGAGGCGAACCGGAGAGCGGAGACGAGAAGGGCAAUGCUCAGCAGGACAGGACUGAGGUAAGGCGAACGAAGCAUGCAUCUACGAAGUCCGACGACGGUCCCGCUGAGUCUGCAGAGGACGAAGAGAUGCGGGAUGUAGAGGAAGACGAGGAGGAGUCUGACGAAGACGACGACGACGAAGAGGAGCUUGACCAAGAGAUCUCCGCUUCUGAAGGGGAAGAUGAAGGCGGGGAUGCCUCUGCGCUGGACGACUUGCAGAGAUUUGUCACAAGUCUCGAUGCCGGUCAGAAGCGGAAGUCACCCGAGGCUGAGGAUGGAGAACCUAGGCAAAGAGCGAAGAAGAGGCGACUGCUACCGGAACGGACUGAAGCAGGGGAGGAGAACGAGUUCGCGGCGCAUCUCGCCUCAGGGAAGCUACAACUUGAUGACUUGCUUGCGCCGCUUGCUGGACAGUCUUCGAACUUGCAGUCUCUCAAGAAGUCGGCUAAGAUCCUUACUUCGCAAUCGGGUCCGGGAAAGACUUUGGCUGCCCCUCUGCCGCAGAGAACCGCAGAACGACUAGACCGUGAGGCGGCAUACGAGCAAACGAAAGAGGAAGUGGAUAAGUGGAAGGCGACCAUGCAGCGGAUCAAGGAGGCUGAACACCUCAGCUUCCCGCUUCAAGCCCAGCCAGCGGGCAAGACUUCCAAUCUUGAGCUUGCAGCAAAGUUCAAGCCAACAACAGAGCUGGAGAGUGCUGUCGACAAGCUACUCAAGUCGGCCAAGAUGCGGGACGAAGACAUCGCCCAAACUGAGUCCUUGAAGAUGAACCACCUCUCCGUCGAGGAAGUCAAAGCCCGUCGAGCAGAACUCGCCAAGAUGCGCGAGCUGAUGUUCCGCGCGGAGGCGAAGGCGAAACGCGUCGCGAAGAUCAAGAGCAAGACGUACCGCCGGCUCAAGAAGAAAGAGAAGGCGAAGCUCGCUGCCAAGCUUGGCGAGGGCGAGUCGGAUGUGGACGAGGAUGACGAGGUGGCGCGGUUGAAGCGGGAGAUCGAGCGUGCACGGGAACGGGCGACGCUCAGGCAUAAGAACACGGGCAAGUGGGCGAAGGCGAUGAAGGGGCGGGGUGAGCUGGACGUGGAUCAGCGGAAGGAGAUCGCGGAAAUGCUCGACCGAGGAGAGAGGCUGCGGAGGAAAAUCCAAGGCGGGGACAGUGACGAGGAGAGUGACGACGACAGCGGGGAUGACGAGGACGCGGAAUAUUCAGCCCAGCGGAUCAAGGCCAGUGCGUUCGAGGAACUUGCUGGCUUGGAGGACGCUGGUGGGGACGCGCCGGUUGAGGAAGGAAAGAAGGGGAAGAGCAUCUUUGAGAUGAAAUUCAUGAAGGACGCUAUGACAAGGGAACAACGUAAGGUGAACGAGGAGGUCGAUGACUUCGUGAAGGAGAUGGGCGGGCAGAUACGUGACGCCGACGCAGAUGGUGAGGGUGCCGCGGAGGAGGAAGGAGAUCCGACGUAUGGUGCGUCUGUCCAGCGUGUCGGUGGUCGUGUGAUUUAUCGACCUGGUCCGCCUGGUGUCGACUCACUCCGCCCUACCGGCUCGCUCGCCUCCGAUACUUCGAGCGUCACUCUCAAGUCCACCGACCUCCCGGGGCCUUCACAACCGACCUCACCCGUCGCCACAUCUCCGACAACACUACGACCCGUCCCCUUACCUACUGCCGAGGAAGUCAACCCCUGGCUAGCUCGAGUAGAAGAUGUCGAUCGUCCUAUGCAGAAGCGGCACGAGGUCACUGUCAACAAAAACAGCGCAUCAGCGGACAAGUCAAAAAACAAGCUGCGCAAGCGGAAAGAGAAGCGCGAGGAGGCGAAGGAGAAAGCGAAGCAGGACGCGGCGGUCGACAUCUCGAUGUCGAACGUGAUGACCUUGGGCGACAGCACGCCAACUGUUGGUCCGUCAAAACAACAGAAGUCUGCGGCGGCGAGCAAAGCCAAGGGUUCGAAGUCGGCACAGUCGUCCAAGGCGCAGCCGACUGAAUCCGACGAUGAAUCCGACGCCAACAGCGAGGUAGAAGACCAAGAAAAGCUGCUUGCAGACCCCAAGGGCAAAGGCAAAGGCAAGGCGAACGGUGUGAAAGCCUUCCAGCAACGAGACCUUGUCGCACUCGCCUUCGCAGGCGACAACGUUGUCCAGGACUUCGCCGAGGCAAAGCGCCGUGAACAGCAAGAAGACGCGCCCAAAGAGGUCAACACGACCCUGCCCGGGUGGGGCGCCUGGGGCGGCAAGGGCGCGAGGAGGGCGCCGCCGAAACCGCACCUCAUCAAGAAGGUCGCGGGGAUCGACCCGACGACGCGCGCGGACUACGGCAAGGCGCACGUCAUCAUCUCGGAGAAGCGCGACAAGAAGGCGGCGAAGUACACGGUCAAGGACCUGCCGUUCCCGUACACGAGCAAGGCGCAGUUCGAGCGCAGUCUCGAGACCCCGCUGGGCGUGGAGUGGAAUACGAGGAUGGGGUUCCAGCGGGCGACGUUGCCGAGGGUGGUCACGAAGCCGGGCCAGAUCAUCGCGCCGCUGGAGAAGCAGCAUGCGUGA